AUGGCUCUGCUGUUCGCUCUGGCCAACCCACUCCAGCAGCAUGUCCUAUGCAGUGGAAAACUUAGUUUUGAUAGCACCGCUGAGAGUCAAGCGAAAACGAAGAAGCGAAUCCCCUCGGUCCGGGCCAUCAUUAUCAAGUCUCAAAAGAUGAUCACCACGCUGAAUGGGAAACGGGCCGAGCUGCAGGACGUCCGCGCUCUAAAAGUUUCGUCGGUGCGAAGUGUGCAACAAGUGGAGGAAUACAAAACUAAACUGGAAGAAGCGGCCCACGAGAUGAAGAAGCUGCUGACCCGGUAGAAGGACGUUGAAGAACUGGCGGAAGCACCAGAACGUAUCGGUGAUCCAAUGCGAAACAAGAAGAAGGAAAAACAUUGGCAAGGAGGCCGACCGCAAAAUUCGGUCUACAAGGGAGCGUUCCCGGACAAUCGGUUCGGAAAACGGCCCGAUUAUCACUGGGACGGCGUCAAUCGGUUCAACAGCUUCGAGAAGAAAUGGUUCGAGAUGAUGGACAAGAAGGCAGUCGAAAAGGAAGCUUACCAGUACAGCGUGGAAGACAUUUAAAUAUGUAUGUGUAUACAAUAAUACUAAGUAUUCUUUA